CUAAAAUUCCCUAACCCCAAAAUCCCCGACCCCUCUGCCAUUCUUUUCCCCAGCGCGAGAAACCCUCAAACCCGCCGCCUCUCAACUUCCCCUGCGAGCAAAAAUCAACCGCCACCGCCGAUCAAUACCCCAGCCCGUGCGAGUCGGCAGCCGAUCCCAAUCCCGAUCCCGAUCCCAUCCCUCUCGUGUUCUAGCGGUAACGUUGAGGGUCCCGGGUCAUCCAACCUAGGUCUAGGCGCGUUUUAGAGGUUCACCGAGAUAGUUCGGCUAGGUGGGAAUUCUUCGAGUAAAGAAUCGAGGAGUCAGCUUUACAAGGGCGUAGACAGACCCCAGCUCACUCACCAGAUCGUAGGGGAGGAAAUCCUAACCAGCCAGUCCGUGAUCAGCAAGCUAGAGGAGCUCAACACCAUCGUCGCUGAGAGAUGUCGAGCCAGGCGUCAGAGUAAGCAUCGGAGAACUUUUUCAAGUUAUUAAGACUUUAUGGUUAAGAGUUAAAGAUUGGAGAUUCAUUUCUUUUGGACAAUUUGAGUUUUGCCCACGUGUUUAUGGCUUCGAUUUGAG